CUUAGGUGGUCUAUAUCGUACGUAUUAGCAGUACCUCUGCUACUUCAUAAACAGGAAAUACGCAUGAUCUAAUACACUCAAAGUGAAGCACGCAGAAUCAAAUAACACACACACAUAUUCCAAAUUCCGUAAAUAAUAAAUCGAUACCUUCCUUCACAGAUUGAAUUCCUCUUUAAUCUAUAUUUCCCCUCUUGAACCUUGAUCGUAAAUGACACAAGUUUAUCUUUAAAUUAUCCAUAGUAUUCAUUCACAGGUUCCAGCUGGUGCAGUUAAACUUAAAUUGCAACACAAACUGCAAAUAUGUUCCAGUUAAUAGUAUUAUUUUCAACAGUUGUUGCUAUUGCAGCUUCCAAUAGCCCCAAAGUUAGUCCUGAUGAGCUUCGCGCAAAGUGGGCGCUCAUGGCAAAAGACCUCAAGGCUCGCCAAGAGGAGGUCAAGUUGAAAAUCCGCAAUCUUCAGGAGCCUCUGCGCGAGAAAGUGGCUGAAGCCAAAAAUAAGUUGUCCUCUGUCGUAUCGGAUAUCCACCAAAAUCUUCAAGCCGGAGUGAUUGGAAUUGAAGAGCGACCUUUAGAUUCCGACUCUAGUAUUAAUAAUGAGAAAGAAGAACUCUAACAUAGAAAGACAGACGAAAUAAUCCAAAAGGAAGCAAAAGAACAACAGCUGAAGCCGCUUUAGUCAAAUUGGGGCUUGAUGUUGAUGAAGCCCAUUUGGACCAUAAGAAGGACGACGAAGAAGACACUUGUGCUCAGAAAUAUGUUUAGAAAUUUCACGCUGUUUUAAUUUAGUUUUAAAUGAAUAAAUAUAUUUAUAUUUCA